AUGGAAGAUGAUGAGCCGCAUGAAGAGGCAGCUGAUGCCUCUCAACAGGAUGCCCACCAGAUUGUUGCUGCCGAUGGUGGGAUUGCUGAACAGUGGAGUGGCACCCUCCCGCCCGAGGCAGCAGGCAAAUGGGAGAUAUCCAAAGACGUCUGCAGGCUGUCGUUUUCUGGCUCAGACAUCAAGCUCCCUCGCUCGGUCUACGAUCGGCUUUACCAUUACCAGCGUCAAGGAGUCGUCUGGAUGUGGAAUUUAUACCACAAAGGCUUCGGCGGGAUCCUUGCCGAUGAAAUGGGCCUUGGGAAGACGGUGCAGACGGCAGCCUUUCUGGCCUGCCUGAAGUUCACGGACCAAGGAUCCCGGUUCCUGGUGGUGGUUCCCGUCACUCUUCUUGAGCAGUGGCGCAGAGAACUUGCAGCGUGGGCUCAGAAUACCGGGCUAGCAGUGCAUGUGAUGCACGGUGCUCUGCCCGAGCGACGCGCAGCUUUACGAGGUCACGUAUCCGCUGGUGGCGUGCUGCUUAUCUCGUAUGAUCUUGCCCGCACAUGCAUCCACCAGAUUCGUACUGCCGGCUUGACCGAAGCUAGUGCGUCACAAUCCCGCAAGCGCAAGCGAAACACCAGGCGCGCGUGCCGUGAUGACGACAGUCCGAGUGAGGAGGAUGAGCUGCCUGAGGCGGUGGGCGACGAGCAGAAGCCCUGGGAUGUCCUCAUCGUUGAUGAGGGUCAUCAGAUCAAGAAUCCAUCGAGUCAAUCUGGCCGUGUGCUUCGCCGGAUCAAUGCUCGAUCUCGAAUCCUUCUGACUGGGACCCCCUUGCAGAACAAGCUCAGCGAUCUUUGGGCGCUGAUGGAUUUCGCACAGCCUGCGUUGCUGGGAAAUCAUGCCACUUUCGAGAGGAAUUUCUCGGACCAGAUUGCGAAAGGCUCGAAAAGGAACGCUUCCCGAUUUGCCGUGGAAUUGAAGGAUCACCUCGCCCGCGAGCUAAAACGGCUCACAGCCCCACAUUUCCUUCGGCGGCUGAAGUGUGAGGUUGCCUGCACCGAAAGCCCAGCGGCGAGCCUGGACGCCAGUCCUGGCGAACUGCCGCCAAAGAUGGACGUGGUGCUGUGGUUGAAUCUAACCCCUGCGCAGCUGGAGCUCUACAAUCUGUUCCUCACAAGUGAGCUGGUGUCCAAGGCCAGGGGAGGAACAAAAUGCGGCAUGGAGGCGUUGCGAUGCAUAGCAAUGCUGAAGAAGCUGUGUGGUCAUCCUCUGCUUUGCCUGCCACAGGAUGAGUACAACGUGUGGCGGGCCGAAACCCUUCAGUCCAGCAGGGCGCCAGCGGCACCGCCAACAAAGGCAGAGCCGCCAGAAGCCGCAACGCAGGAAGAGGUAGCCACGCAGGAGGCACCCGAGUGCCAUGAGCUUCUUCCCAGACUGCGGGCGCUUCUGCCCAACUCUGCUCAGGGUGCUGCCCUGCUCUCUACGAAGUUGAGAGUUCUCUCUGUGCUGCUGCCACAGCUUCAGCGGCGAGGGCAUCGCUGCUUGAUCUUCUCGCAGAGCGUUCGGAUGCUGGACCUUAUUCAGGGCUGUGUUCUCAGAGUUCUGGGCCUGAAGUUCUUGCGCAUUGAUGGUAGCAUCGAUCCGAAGGAUCGCGAUCUGAAGCUGCAGAAGUUCCAGCAAGAAGAUUCGCGAUACUUCGCUCUCUGCUUGAGCAUGCAGGUUGGUGGCACGGGUUUGACUGUGACUGGCGCCAACAGAGUGAUCCUGGUUGAUCCAGCAUGGAAUCCUUCAGCUGAUGCGCAAGCCAUCGAUCGAGUGCAUCGAAUUGGGCAGAAGCGCGAGGUAGUCGUCUACAGGCUCAUCGGUUCUGGAGCGAUUGAGGACAAGAUGUUCAGACUCCAGAUAUUCAAGGGAGGCUUAUCCAAAACUUUCAUGGAGCACGAGCAGCAAGUUCGGUUCUUUACCCAUCAGCAGUUGAAGUCGCUCUUUGAGCCUCCAAGUCAGUCUGCCUCUACACAGUCCUUGCUCGCGGAGCAAAUCGGGACAGAAGCUUUAGAGCACGAGGACUUGCUUCGAGUGGUGGCCGCAGAUGUGGGAAGCACAGAUGAUCCUCAAGCCUUGGCUUUCUGGCAGAGCUCCGACGUCCUGGGGUUUUCGGACUACCAGCGGCUGUUUAUGUUCCUGGAGCAAGCAGACUCUGAAGAGCAGGAGGCAGUGGAGCAGGCCAAAGAACUGGCCGCAAAGCUGAAAAACGAAGAGUACGUCAAAGAUCAAGUGGUUCAGGGUAAGUGGCGAGGCGACCGCUUCGCUGCCAAGGAGAAUGUGUCUCCUCAAGUGGCGGAGCCGCUGAAAAACGCGUGA